AAUUAUUUUGCUUUUGUGUGAGGCCCGAGAAUCACUUGUGUUGCCUGCCUGCACAAAGCCUCAUUCACAAAGCCUCAGUUGGAUGCAGCUGAACAAAUUGCUUUUUCUACUCCGGUGAUCCCAGAUUUUCAGUGUGAAUGGAUAUUUCCCCACUUCACAGCCCAAACAUCUGGAGAUGGAGAAGCCUCCCAGUAAGCUCCAUUUUCCUACAUCUCAAUCCAGAUCCAAAUAUGAGGAAACUUAAGGCAGCAUCCAUGGCUCUGUUUCAUCUUGAUGACAGGAGGUGCUGUAUCUCCAUGUGAGAUGUACAUUGAAGCUUUGGGACAAAAUGAGGUGCCUGCGCAAGCGAUCCGCUGUAUCCUUUCUAGGAGUCCUUGUCAUUUGCUUGUUGUUCUUGAACUUAUACAUUGAAGAUAGCUAUGUCUUGAAUGGAGAUAAGCAGUUAAUCAGAGAUACAGCAACACAUCAAUUAAAUUCCGAGCGGUAUGUUCACAGUUUUAAAGAUCUGUCCAACUUCUCAGGAUCAAUAAAUGUUUCCUAUCGCUAUCUGGCUGGCACACCUUUACUAAGAAAAAGAUAUCUUACCAUUGGACUAUCUUCAGUCAAACGGAAAAAAGGGAAUUAUUUGCUGGAGACAAUCAAAUCCAUAUUUGAACAGUCAAGUUAUGAAGAACUGAAAGAAAUUGCUGUGGUCGUACAUCUGGCAGAAUUUGACUCCACCUGGUGUGAUAGCAUGGUUCAAGAUAUUUCACAGAAAUUUGCCCAUCAUGUAAUUGCUGGCAGAUUAAUGGUAAUCCAUACACCAGAGGAAUAUUAUCCAGCUUUGGAUGGACUUAAGAGAAAUUACAAUGAUCCAGAAGACCGGGUGAAAUUUCGCUCCAAGCAAAAUGUAGAUUAUGCAUUCUUGCUUAACUUUUGCGCUAACCUUUCUGAUUAUUAUGUAAUGUUAGAGGAUGAUGUUAGAUGUGCAAAAAACUUCUUGACUGUUAUUAAGAAAGUCAUAACUUCACGAGAGGGAACCUACUGGGUAACUUUAGAAUUUUCCAAGUUGGGGUACAUUGGGAAAUUGUAUCAUUCCCAUGAUCUCCCUCGUCUGGCUCAUUUUUUAUUGAUGUUCUACCAGGAAAUGCCUUGUGAUUGGUUGCUGAUACAUUUCCGUGGGCUGUUGGCUCAAAAGGAUGUCAUACGUUUCAAACCAUCCCUUUUUCAGCACAUGGGAUAUUACUCAUCUUACAAAGGAGCUGAAAAUAAAUUAAAAGAUGAUGACUUUGAAGAGGAUUCAUUUGACCUUCCAGAUAACCCUCCUGCCAACUUGCAUACCAAUAUGAAUGUAUUUGAAAAUUAUGAGGCGAGCAAGGCAUAUAGUAGUGUGGAUGAAUAUUUCUGGGCAAAAGCACCCUCAACUGGAGAUUUUUAUGUUGUGGUCUUUGAUAGGCCUUUUAAAAUUAACAAAAUCAAAGUUGUCACUGGUACUGAAGAUAGACAAAAUGAUGUUUUGCAUCAUGGUGCUCUGGAAGUUGGAGAAAAAACUGUUGGGGGCAAAAAGGAAAGGCAAUGUACUACCUUCUUGAGACUAGGAGAAUUUAAAAAUGGAAAUUUGGAAAUCACAGAUGUGGAGCACAAAGUUCUUUUUGAUAUUAACUGCAUGAGAAUACUUGUUACCAAAAGCCAAAAAGAAUGGUUGAUCAUUAGAAGCAUUAGCAUAUGGAUUUCACAGCUACCAAGUCAAUAAGGAAAAUCAGCAGUGGAAGCAUAUACCCUUGCCUAAAUCCAAUGAAAUAGUGCCAUGAAAUGACUUUUUUCCCCCCAAUCUUUUUGCUACAGAUACUGGCAAUCUGGGAAAUCAC